AUGCCCUUUCCCUCCACCCUGUACAGUAACGGAGAAUUUGUAACCCUUCUUCGCCACGACUGUCUCUACAAUACUCUGCCACCACCUACUACUACUACCAUCUCUGCAUACUUCCCCGUAAAUACAAACCCUUCUUUUUAUCAAUUUCAGGCCAUCAAGUCCGUGCUGGGAUUGAAUUUCUCAUACUAUUUCCUUAUGAGAUAUCGUUUUUAUUUUUAAACCAAUUUAACUUACACCCUCGUCGAGCAUCCACUGACUAAGUCGCCUUACCGAGCCCUGGGCCUGGAUACUACCUACGUACUACCAUUCCCACCCCCACUCAGACGCUGGCCUCUUAAGCUCCAGUUUCCCCAAGUCCCCUGGUACGCAUAAUGCCUACUGGUAGAUCAACUGGAUCUAGUCGUGAAGAUGACACGCAGUCUUUGACUGCCAGUGUAACGGAUUACCCCAUGGAAUAUGGAAGACGAUACCACAAAUAUCAUGAGGGCUCAUAUUUAUAUCCCAACGACGAGCAAGAGCUAGACCGUAUGGACAUGCAACACCACAUGCUCAAAUUGGUCAACCGCGGGCGGCUGCUCUUCGCUUCUCCCCAAAGCCCAAAGAAGAUCCUAGAUGUUGGCACCGGCUCUGGUAUAUGGCCUAUAGAACUAGCGUCUGAAUUCCCAGCAGCCGAGAUUAUAGGGACCGAUCUUUCGCCUGUACAACCGAACGAAGUCCCCGAGAACGUCCAUUUCCUAGUCGAUGAUGUUACAGAGGACGAAUGGCUAUGGGGCCCCAACCACUUCGACGUCAUCCAUGCCGGUCAUCUUUCAGGUGCCUUGCCAUCAUAUAAAGAUUUGUUACGGAAAGUCUUCAAGCAUCUCAAACCUGGUGGCAGUGUUCAGUGCGACGAAUUUGACCCGAAGCCGAAAUGCGAUGACGGAACCAUGCCAGAAGAGGACCCCGAUAAAUUCAGCGAAUAUGCCCUUCAAGACCUUAUGGAUCUACACCAUCGUGCCGGCCAGGCCUCAGACCCGCCCCGGCAGUUUCGAGUGGCCCAUCGAUUGGCACGCUGGAUGAGAGAAGUGGGAUUCGAGGACGUUCAGGAACGGGUUCAAAAAGUACCCGUGAACCCUUGGUCUACCGACUCUCAUCUGAGAACGAUUGGUUCGUGGAACGAGACAAACCUGCUGGAAGCCGCAGCUGGUUGGUCUUACAAGCCACUCACGAUUCUUGGUUGGUCGAAGCCCGAGAUCGAAGUCUUCCUGGUCGAUGUUCGAAAAUCCAUCCAAAACCGUGAUGUCCACGCCUAUUUGGACUAUUAUGUGGUAACAGGAAGAAAACCACGUUCUGCUUACGAGGACUUCCUAGCCUCCGCGUUCCGACGUUUCGCUAACGGCCAACGACGCUACGAGAGCCGCGUCCCGGGCCCAUUGGAGGCUCGGCGACGACUCGCUAAGAGGAGGAAUACUGCCCUCGCUGGGAUUGCGGGGACAGGGCCUUUGGAUGAUAUUGCGUGUUUGUUUGGGCGCAAUGGGAGGGAGCAUAUGAAAUGGACGACCACGACGGAGGGGAGGAAGGCGAAGGGCUCGCACUUUUAUCAAUUGAGUACCCCGUCGCCGUCACCGCCGCCGCCUCCGAUACCGACACCGUCUGCGCCAGUGUAUAAUGAGGGUGGUAACGUUGUUGGUGAUGAGUUUGAGUUUGGGAGGCCGGAUAUGCCGCCAGAGGGGUCUGAUGAGGUGUCGCGCGAUCAAUAUGUCAGGAGACGGUUGAGGGAGUGUCGUACCGUCGAGGCUGUUAAGAGGGUUGUUCGGCAAUUGGAUGUUGAUCUUUUGCGAGAGCCGGGGUAUAGUCGUUUUAUAUUCGAUCACUUGUUGUCGUGCUCGAGGAGGGGGGAGGUGGCUGUUGAUGAGCUGGUGUCAUUUCUGGAUGAUCCGCAGCUUAAUAUCCGCGGAGCGAGGAAUUAUUUGACCGCGGUCGAGCAUAUCGCUUCGCGUGGAAUAAGGCAGGGGAAGCGGCACCCGCUUUUCGACAAUUUCGUUCAGGCUCUGGAGCUUGGGCUUGUUCCGCCUGAGGAGCUCUGCGCUGUUAUAGAGGCUGUUGCGAAAACAGUACCGGCGAAGGGUGAGAAGAUGAGACAGUCCCCGGAUACGAUCACGGCAAUGUACCGGGCGAUGUGGGAUGCAAUUGGACGGUGUGAUAUAUAUGGGCACGGUGAUCUCGACGAGGGGAUUAUUGACGCGUGGCUUGGCGCUUUAUGGGAGAGGGAUGUCUGCAAGGACUUGCCCUUGGCGAAGAGCAUGCUCGUUGCUGCUCAGAGACUGGAGUCGGCAUGUUGCUCGUGGGCUACGUUGUUCAUCACGCGUUGGCUGGAACUUCCCAAGAAGCUGCGAGCUGGCGCUGGUGAAGUCUACGCGAGUGACAUACUGAGCAGUUUCAAGCCGGAUCUUGCAACAGCUGCUGUCAUAUCGACAACCGAAUUUCUGGCGUUGAACAAGAAAGACCUGCUUAGCCGGUGGCACGACUGCUUGUUGCAGGCUCAAGAGAUCCCGCAACUUGUUUCAUCGGAAGCAUGGCUUGAUGUUCGAUCGCAGCGCGAUGUAACAGAGCCAAAUAUCCCGCUGCAACAUCAGAUCAUCUUACGCAUAUGGGCUUUACGCACUCUCAGCAAAGGCCUUUCCGACGGGCCUCUAUGGAGGAAGAAUGUACGAGCCACUGAUGUGCCCAUAAGACGCCUCUUCGGCCUCUACGAGUCCGUCAGGAAGACUGAGUCCCGCGAAGACUUGCUAAGCAGCCUAAUGAAAGGCAUCCAUGACCUUGGGCUACCAGCCAACGGCCUCCUCAUACUAGCCGUGGACCUGAAAGCCCGCAACGCCCUCACCAAAUCCACCCGACGCACCCUAACCAACAUGGAAACAUCCGCAUCCAACGCCUCCUUCGCCAACAUCUUCGCCAGCCUCGACGCCUACAACGCAACCACCCCCCACUUCUUCUCCAAAUUCGAAACAAUGACCCGCCAAAUCGACAUCACCUCCCCAGACUUCAUCUCCCACGGUCUCGACCUCGCCCGAACCGGCGACUCCCGCAGCGUAUGGACACUCAUCCGCCUCCUCCGCUCCCACACCCCUCUCAAAAUCGCCCUUUCCAAAUCUUGGAUCCCUAUCCCCAACGCAUCAGAAAAAGCCCUCGUGCGCUACUACCCAGAGCCCAGGACCAGCGAUUGCCCGGACCCGCACGCCGCUUUAGAGAUGAUCCACCUUCUGGCAGUGUCACUCGCGUGCUCGAGGCGCUUGAGUCCGCGCCGGUCCUACAGUCUCGUGCAUUGGCUGUAUGUCUUCCUGGUGAAGCAUAAUGCGCCUGUCAAACCGGCCAUCGCGCGUGCUUUGUAUCAUGCGGGCGUUGAACGCUUUCGGCGCGAGGGGUUACGUGUUUCGCUUACGCAGUAUGCGUAUAUCUAUGAUGUUGUGGAGGAGGUCGAGGGGGCGGAUGUCGUCGAGGCGCUGAUGGAGCCGCCGAGGAUUGGACAUCGGUUUUCUGGGGAGGAAGAAGGGGAGAGUUGUUCUGAGUACGAAGAGUUGCGAUGA